GUCUUCAGACAACCCCUCCAAUUUUUCUCCAACCGUCCUGUGACAGGCUUCUAUCGAGACGGGUACUGCAGGACAGGAGCUGCCGACUUUGGCAAUCACGCAGUAGCUGGAGUUGUUUCAGAAGAGUUCUUGGAUUUCAGUGCUUCACAAGGGAAUGACCUUCGGGUCGCAGGUCUGAGAGGUGGCUGCAAGUGGUGUUUGUGUACAUCACGCUGGCUAGAGGCAUUCCAGGCAUUCCAGGAUGGCAGGAUCAACAGGAGCGCGGUGCCCAGGGUGGUACUUGAAGCGACCGAAGAUAGCGCUUUGAGGCAGGUCGACCUGGACACGUUCAAGCAGUUCGAAGCCAGGCCGGAGACGAAUGGUGUCAAUGGUGUGAAUGGUGUGAAUGGCGUAAACGGAGUC